UGGUAGCAUCUGCUAUCAUCACAUGUAUUAUUACUGAUGAAAAAUAUUUGAAUUUCUUUUUGUUUUUUAUAAAAUUUGACUAUAAAUAACAGAUAAUUAUUCAAAAUUGUUUGGUUAAUGCUCUGAUUAAACUGUAUACCUGAAGAUUUUCAAAUUCUACAGAUUGUUUAAAUAUAUUCUACACGAGAUUAUCCUGGCAUAACCUACAAAAUGAUUCUCAACUAUUGUUUUAGAAAAGUAGUUGAAAACUUUGUAAAAAGCAGAGAACAGUAUUUCAAUAGAUUUGUAGGAAACAUUUCAAACCAAGUGUUGAAAAAUGAAGAAUUUUUAACAGAAGAAGAUAUGCCUGAUUUAGAUACAAAUCCUUAUAAGAAAGAAAAACAACAAUGUUUAUUAUGCAGAUUAAAUAUACAGCCAGAUUUUAAAAAUGUAAGAUUGUUAUCACAGUUUCAAAGUAGAUACACAGGAAGGAUUUAUGGAAGGCAUAUAACAGGUUUAUGUAAAAAUAAACAAGAAAAAGUUGAAAGGGAAAUCUUAAAAGCUCAAAAUGCUGGUUUAAUGGGAUACUUUACAAAAGAUCCAAGAUAUGUAAAUGAUCCACCAUUAUUUGAUCCUAAUCGUCCAUUAAGACCACAUAAAUACUGAUAUAAGAUUAUGGAUAUAUACUUUAGAUUUUAUUAACAAUGAGAUAGUAAUUUUAAUAUUGUAUAUAAAGUACUAUAAAAUUAGAAAGAUAACAAAAAAUAUAAGAUACUUCAUUAUUUAA